CUCCGCGUGUUCUCCUUCUGUUUCCUGUUCGUUUAAUAAAGUUCGCCGGAUUUUGAAGCCCUCCCCUUCCUUCUUUUCACGCCAUCACCGGCAACCAUGGCGGACUACGAUCUGACCACCAAGAUCGCUCACUUUCUGGACCGGCACCUGGUCUUCCCGCUGCUCGAGUUUCUAUCGGUGAAGGAGAUUUACAAUGAGAAGGAACUGCUGCAAGGGAAGCUGGACCUGCUCAGCGACACCAACAUGGUGGACUUCGCCAUGGAUGUUUAUAAGAACCUGUAUCCUGACAAAGAGAUCCCUCACUCUCUGAGGGAGAAGAGAACCACGGUUGUGGCACAGCUGAAGCAGCUUCAAGCUGAGACCGAGCCCAUCGUGAAGAUGUUUGAAGACCCUGAAACAACUCGGCAGAUGCAGUCGACUAGGGAUGGCCGGAUGCUGUUUGACUACCUUGCUGAUAAACAUGGGUUCAGACAGGAGUACCUGGACACACUCUACAGAUAUGCCAAGUUUCAAUACGAGUGCGGUAACUACUCUGGAGCGGCGGAGUACUUAUACUUCUUCAGGGUGCUGGUGCCCUCCACAGACAGGAACGCCCUCAGCUCCCUUUGGGGAAAGUUGGCUUCAGAAAUCCUGAUGCAGAAUUGGGAUGCUGCUAUGGAGGACCUCACCCGGCUGAAGGAAACCAUAGAUAACAAUUCCGUCAGUUCUCCACUCCAGUCUCUCCAGCACAGAACUUGGCUCAUCCACUGGUCUCUCUUUGUCUUCUUUAACCACCCAAAGGGGCGAGACAACAUCAUUGAUCUCUUCCUCUACCAGCCACAAUACCUUAAUUCCAUUCAGACCAUGUGCCCACAUAUCCUCCGAUACCUGACCACAGCGGUCAUCACCAACAAAGACGUAAGGAAGAGACGACAAGUCCUGAAAGAUUUGGUAAAAGUGAUUCAACAGGAAUCCUAUACCUACAAGGACCCAAUUACUGAAUUUGUGGAGUGUUUAUACGUUAAUUUUGACUUUGAUGGAGCACAGAAGAAAUUAAGAGAGUGCGAAUCGGUGCUUGUGAACGACUUCUUCCUUGUGGCAUGUCUAGAAGAUUUUAUAGAAAACGCCAGACUUUUUAUAUUUGAGACAUUUUGCCGCAUCCAUCAGUGUAUCAGUAUCAGCAUGUUGGCCGAUAAGCUGAAUAUGAGCCCUGAAGAAGCCGAGAGGUGGAUCGUCAAUUUAAUUCGGAACGCCAGACUGGACGCCAAGAUCGACUCCAAAUUGGGUCAUGUUGUAAUGGGAAACAAUGCUGUAUCGCCCUAUCAGCAAGUCAUUGAGAAGACAAAGAGUCUGGCGUUUCGCAGUCAGAUGCUGGCGAUGAAUAUAGAAAAGAAGAUGAACCAGAGCACCAGAGCUGAGACGCCAAACUGGGGGGCCCAGGACUCCGGGUUCUAUUAAUAACUUAUAACUGUGAUUCCUCUAUUAUAUAUAUCCAUUGUCUUACACAUUCCCACCUCGGUGUAAGGUUCAAGUGUGUUCAGAAUAAAAUUGGCUACGAUUCCUUUUAA